GGGGUGGUGCAGGCGAUGAGAACAGAGUUCAAGCGGGUGGUAGGAUCACGAGCGACUGACUAUAAAAGCUUGCUACAGUCCCACGGUCCCAUCAUCGUCUUCAGCGAUUCUUUGCAUCCUUCAACAGUCUUGCUACCUGACCACGUGUCGUCCAACGUCUCACUUAAGAUGAAGCUGACUCUUCUUUUGCUUCUUGUGGCUGUUUGUGUGGCCGUUGCCUUGGCCCAUAAAAACAAAGACAAUGGCAAUGGUAAAAGUGAAGGAAAGAAACACGGCGGUCAUUCAGAAGGCAAGGGUGGAAAACAUGAUUCCUCAGAAGGCAAGAGUGGAAAACAUGGCUCCUCAAAAGGCAAGGGUGGAAAACAUGAUUCCUCAGAAGGCAAGAGUGGAAAACAUGGUUCCUCAGAAGGCAAAGGUGGAAACCGUGGCUCCUCAGAAGGCAAGGGUGGAAACCGUGGCGCCUCAGAAGGCAAGGGUGGAAACCGUGGUUAAUCUAGUCCGCUCGGGAAAAGCAAGGAGGAAAUGCUGGUCAACAGAGUCCACCUGCCUAUGUCACCAGUGUAACUUCCUUACUGACCAAGGCGCUGAUUUUUCUCUGAGCUUCAUUGCUGUCGGCUGAUUCUUGCUGUCGUAGAUACCAAGACCAUAAACUGUGUAAACUACAUGAUCUGUGAAUGUUUGCCAGAGGUUGCCCGAAUGAAGCUUUGAAAACUCC